CCCCCCGGGCUAAAACACGGCUGCCUAUGAACUUCCGGCUCCGGGUACCUGACAGCGGGGCUCCUGCUUCCAAGCUGGCUCCGUUUCUAUGACCUGCACCUAGACGUCGGGCAGCGGAGGCUUAGCACCACCGUUGUAAUCAAGUAAUGUGCUUGAGUUCACCAUUGGUUAUGGCGCUCCAAGAGCAGCUCCCAGCUGCGACCAUGCCUAAAUGUGCCGCUUGGACGGCAGUGUGGAAGGCAUGCUGUGUCAGGUAACGAUGUUACAUGAAGCACACAGCUACACACGCAUGAUUAUGGGAAUCGUCGCAGCAAAGCACCUUGGUCUCCUAGCGUCGAGUGCGAGGGACCACCGUGCGUUCACAGAGAAAUCGGUCGAGCGGAAAGUGAGGAGCUCUCGUGAGCUUCAAGGUGGCAAUACGUUCAUAGGGAAGCGCCUCUCGUAAAGAAACUGGCGCGGCAAUACAGGUUAUGUCGGUGCAGUACAGCGACUCGGUUUCAUCCCGUCGCGGAGGUUCUGCGCUCGCAGUCUAAAAGCCGCAUACCUACAAUAGUACAUAUACACUGAACACCUCAUCCAAACAAUCUCAAUACUCGAUAAGGACGAGCUGGGCCCCUGACCUUGCAGGCCCCAACUAUUCGAAGAAUGUAGUGAAGGGCAGAUACUCGUGUGCAGCUGUAGCUAACCGAGGCACGCCGAGAGGCUCGACCUCGAUGGCCUCGCGCCCCCACUGCCCCGGUCAGAUGGAGCUUGUCACCCGACCUGCAGCGGGAUGCGAGCACUGCCUUGCGGUGGUCACUCGAAUGGCGACUUGCAAAAUCUCACGGGCAGGAGCGCCGGCGUGAGGAGCACCCAGUCUGCAGUACCAGCAGUACCACACCUAAUAAGCAAGGUACAGCCGCCCGGCAUGGGGGAUUACAACAAUACAGCCAACCUAUCGUGCCCAUGCAUGCAACGCCACGGGAUGUAGAGACUUCACGAGUGCGUAAACUGAGGGCAGUGAGAGGGUGGUGGCUGGAUGACGGAUGGCUGCCAUAAGCAAACACGUAGGCACGCGCGGGUGGCUUGGGGGCGGUGGGAACUUUUCGCCCGGACCCAUCAGUAAGCUUACAAGUACUUGCUAAGAACGCAAUGCUUUAUGUUUUCAAGCGGAUGUCUUUUUGUGGGUAGGACACGCUGGCACGUGGCUGUGUGGUGAAUGUCUGUCGAGGUAGGGAGACGAUUGUCAGCAGCUAGGGCCAGCAGGGGCCUGAUUCUGCUCUCCGUGCAGUAGAUGCUUAUGCCGGAAAUUGCUCAAUGUUGUUCAUGCGCCUGAAAUUAUGAAUGCGCCUGGAGUGCUGCGCGCUGUGAGCGCGCUAGCGCAAAGGGCACACGGGACGCUUGCGUGCGCACGGCACGAGCCUCUCACGCACACGCUUUGCAUUGAGCUUGCGUGUGGGCGGCUGCGGUGCGUCGUUUCGCGGAGGCCCGCCCACCUUCCUACAUGUCGCUUGUCCCGCAUGCCUGUGUGGGUGAGAAAGACGUAUUUGCGUAUGCAUGGGCUAUACGGACGAGUGCGGGACCGGCUCGAGCGGAUGGCUUUCAUAGGAAGGUGGCGGGCUGCGUCCCGUGCAAAGAAACAAAUGUUCCAAAUUGUUCAUAAUAUUUAUAACGCAUAUAGCGGAAAUUGCAGAUGCGAGUGGCGAUGCCGUGCUUACGCAUGCUCUGUUAAUGAUGUGCGGCAUGAUUUGAUGCUGGCGUGCGCAUGGCUUGUUGGAUGCACAGGUAAGGAAACAUGCCACGCAUGGCUUGUGCGUGUGUGUCUCUUAGAGAGCACACGGGAUCGAUGGAAAACGCAUCGUGUGCAAUGCGAUGCGACACUGUAUGUGUCUGUCAUGUGUGUGUGUGUGUGUGUGCGCGUGCGUGUGUGUGUGUGUGUGUGUGUGUGUGUGUGUGUGUGUGUGUGUGUGUGUGUGUGUGUGUGUGUGUGUGUGUGUGUGUGUGCAUGUGUUGGUGGGUGCACUUAUGGCUCUUUCAGUCGACACAGUGUCGAAAACAAAAUUGGACUUCAGACCUUCAGAAUCGAAGGACUGCAAAGGAUUUGGUGGAUAGAUCUGUACAUACCGACCCCGGCGCUAUGUCCGAGGGGAGUUUGUUUUGAAAGCUUCGGCCUUAAACAUGCACCAACGUGGCGUGGGCGCAGCCCCCUUUUCCCUUAAGAGGGAGAGCCACCUUUCUUCUCUGGAAUCAAUUUGCGGAUAUUCAUGGUACUGGGAAGUCAUGCCGGGGAUUCUUUGCGGGGCGUUUGUUCGUGUUUACGCUUAGCGAGCCCACAACCCGCUCUCUGUCCCACAGCUUUCAGGGCUUGGCUGCUGCUGGGACUUGCCAUUGGACCCGCAGUCUCGAUUGACCGGACCGGCAGGGCGGGAGGACGAGACGGCUGGCACGCGGGGCCCUGCAGGUCCAGCUGGCGUGCGGGGCAGUAGUCAGGAACACGUGCAGAGGCUGGAGUUGUGAUGUUCAAGGGCUGCACGGCGGUAUAAUAGGGGCUGUAAUAUGCGUCACUACGGUGCUGCCGCAAGACCCGUGGAUGCGGCCAGGGCGUGGAGGUGAACGCUGGCCACGUACGGCCCCAGCGGGGCGGAGGAACCGGUGCCUGCAUGCGCCUAAAUAAGUAAUGAAAUGGCGUUACCGCAGCAGUUCCCGGAAUCCUGGCGAACCGUGCUGAUGGCCGGCGGGGAGGGGGAACGCAGGGGCCUUCACUCCCAGUUCCGUGUGCCGUGUGGCUGUCAUGCAAAACAGACUGAAAG